AUGGCUCUCCCUCCAAAGGUUUAUACUUUCUUGUGUGGCUGUUUUGCAGCUUUUGGCUCAUUCACCUUUGGAUAUGAUUUAGGUGUCAUUGCCGGUGUAUUGACAGCGCCUGACUUUCUCCGGGUGACAAAUUUACAAGGAACUGAUAAUGAAACGUCAAACUACCUCGGUUUUAUCGCGAGUUCAAUGGUUUUAGGCGCAUUUUGUGCUUGCGUACCAACUUCACUCAUUGCCGAUAAAUUAAGUCGAAGGACGGCAAUCGUAAAUUCUGCGGCAAUCUUCACAUUUGGUGCAAUCCUUCAAGCUGCUGCUCAAAAUCGUGAAAUGAUGAUGGCAGGACGUUUCAUCACAGGAUUGGGUAUUGGAGGAUUAACGAUGCUCGCUCCAUUGUAUCAAUCCGAAAUCGCUCACCCUUCCAUGCGAGGCUCUCUUACCACAUUGCAACAAUUGUUCCUUGGAAUUGGAGCAUUUAUUGCAAGUUUGAGUAAUUAUGGAUUGCUCAUUCAUCAUUUAGACACACCUUUUCAAUGGAGAUUUGCACUGGCACUUCAAAUUGCUCCUGCGAUACCAUUGCUUACGUGCAUGUUCCUUCUUCCAGAAUCACCAAGAUGGUAUAUGCUCAAAGGUCGUAGAGAAGAUGCUCAUCGUACCCUUGCACGCCUUCAUGCAAGCGAUCAACUCGAACAUCCUUUUGUCUUGGCACAAAUGAUCGAAUUGGAAGCGGCUGUUCAACGUGAUACAGAAGCAGAACGUGUACAUGGUGGCUGGAUGUCUUUGAUCAAUAACCGUCAAACUUUCCGCAAAGUACUUUUAGGGGUCAUUCUUCAAUUCAGCGUUCAAAUGACUGGUGUUUCGGCAAUUCAAUAUUUCUCACCUACAAUCUUUAAAGUUUUCGGGUUCAGUGUCAGACGUUCGUUACUCUUUAACUCCAUCGCAAAUGUUUUCGCUUUGGUAGGAGAAAUCUGCGCAGUUUUGUUCGUCGAUCAGGUUGGCCGUCGAACUCCUUUGAUCGGCUGCAAUAUAGGAUCGGGUAUCACGUUCGUCAUUGGAACUGCCUUGAUGGCAAUUUAUCCUGCUACGAAUGCAAAUAAUAACAAAAGCGCUGCUUAUGCUUUCGUUGUGAUGACUUGGUUAUUCCAAUGGUUCUUCUCUUUCGGUAUUGGUCCACUCUCAUGGACGUAUCCGGUUGAGAUUUUCAGUACAGGAAUGCGAGCUCGUGGAACAGCCGUGACGACGAUGUCAUCUUACAUUAGCAAUUUUAUGAUCGGUCAAGUAUCUCCGAUUGCUUUCAAGAAUGUUGGUUGGCGAUAUUAUCUUUUAUUUGCAAUUUGUGGUUUCACAAAUGCAUUAACUGUUUAUCUCUUAUUCCCUGAAACAAAAGGUCGUACGCUGGAGGAAAUGGAUUUGUACAUGGAACAAAUGCCAUGGAUCGUCGUUGGCACGUCAAAAGCAUUGGAGAUUUCGGCAAAAGAACGUGAAGUUCAAUUGAAGCGUGGCAUUGUACAUGAUGGUAUCGGGGAAGGAACUUAUGGAGAAGUUCCUACGCUGAAGAGAAAGCAAGGGGAUGUUGAAAAUACGCCUGAUGAGAAGAAGUAG